GGUCGGGGGCGGGGCCCAGAGCGGGCUGCGGUUGCGGUCCUUGCGCCGGCGGUGGAGGCGCAGCGGUGGCGAGUGGCUAUUGCAAGCGUUUGGAUAAUGUGAGAACCGGGAUGCAGGCAUGUCGACCAUCUGCCCCCCACCAUCUCCUGCUGUUGCCAAGACAGAGAUUGCCCUGAGCGGUGAAUCACCAUUGCUGGCAGCUACCUUUGCUUACUGGGAUAAUAUUCUUGGUCCUAGAGUGAGGCACAUUUGGGCUCCAAAGACAGAACAGGUACUUCUCAGUGACGGAGAAAUAACUUUUCUUGCCAACCACACUCUAAAUGGAGAAAUUCUUCGAAAUGCAGAGAGCGGGGCAAUUGAUGUGAAGUUUUUUGUCUUAUCUGAAAAAGGAGUAAUUAUUGUUUCAUUAAUCUUUGACGGGAACUGGAACGGAGACCGGAGCACUUACGGACUAUCAAUCAUACUUCCGCAAGCUGAGCUGAGCUUCUACCUCCCACUACACAGAGUGUGUGUUGACAGGCUGACACACAUCAUUCGGAAAGGAAGAAUAUGGAUGCAUAAGGAAAGACAAGAAAAUGUUCAGAAAAUCGUCCUGGAAGGCACAGAGAGAAUGGAGGAUCAGGGUCAGAGCAUCAUUCCCAUGCUGACUGGAGAAGUCAUUCCCGUGAUGGAGCUGCUUGCAUCUAUGAAGUCACACAGUGUUCCUGAGGAGAUAGAUAUAGCUGACACAGUGCUCAAUGAUGAUGACAUUGGUGACAGCUGUCACGAAGGCUUUCUUCUCAAUGCCAUCAGCUCACAUCUGCAGACCUGUGGCUGUUCGGUCGUAGUAGGCAGCAGUGCAGAGAAAGUCAAUAAGAUAGUGAGAACUCUAUGCCUUUUCCUGACUCCAGCAGAGAGGAAAUGCUCCAGACUCUGUGAAGCAGAGCCGUCUUUUAAGUAUGAGUCGGGACUGUUCGUACAAGGCCUGCUAAAGGAUGCAACUGGAAGCUUUGUACUGCCUUUCCGGCAAGUUAUGUAUGCCCCGUACCCCACCACGCACAUUGACGUGGAUGUCAAUACUGUCAAGCAGAUGCCGCCCUGUCACGAACAUAUUUAUAACCAACGCAGAUACAUGAGAUCAGAGCUGACAGCCUUCUGGAGGGCGACGUCAGAAGAGGACAUGGCUCAGGACACCAUCAUCUACACGGACGAAAGCUUUACUCCUGACUUGAAUAUUUUCCAAGAUGUCUUACACAGAGAUACUUUAGUGAAAGCCUUCCUGGAUCAGGUCUUCCAUCUGAAACCCGGCCUGUCUCUCAGGAGCACUUUCCUUGCACAGUUUCUGCUCGUGCUUCACAGAAAAGCCUUGACACUAAUCAAGUACAUAGAGGACGACACGCAGAAGGGGAAAAAGCCCUUCAAGUCUCUUCGGAACCUGAAGAUAGACCUUGAUUUAACAGCAGAGGGCGAUCUUAACAUAAUAAUGGCUCUAGCUGAGAAAAUUAAGCCAGGCCUACACUCUUUCAUCUUUGGGAGACCUUUCUACACUAGUGUACAAGAACGUGAUGUCCUCAUGACUUUUUAAGCCUGUGGUGUGCCGUGUAAAUCUCAUGACAGUCAGACUUGCUGUUACCGUAGCGCAGUGGAAGCAUCCCUCCUCCAGGCUCCUGCCCUCAGAGGUAGUUACACUACACCUGUUACUUGAGGUCCACACAGCGGUGUCGGGCGCAGCACUGCAGUGAAUGUGUCUCUCUUCCUAGAAUAGAUGUGCUGUCUUAGGGCCUUAUGUUUACAGUUCUUCUAAGUACUAUUGUUGUCUUUUAAAGAUAUGGAUGGUUGGAUAUAGACUUGACCAUAACUGCUGUUAUUUUUUUUUCAAACUUACAAUUCGUGGUUUACAUGUACCACAGUGAACGCCUAGUUAGUCUUUACAGAUAAAGUGUGAGUUGACUCUGACCCUCAGAUUUCCGAGGUGUGUAGGAUGGCAGACUUCUGCACAAACUGAAAACAAGAGCAUCUCUGUUUUCAGUUCCACAGAGAGGAACUUAGCCUGACUACAGAUUAGCUUUUAAAAGAAGACGUUUGUGUUAGGUGAAGUCGCUUGUUAGAUCUUCCUUUAUAGAUUUAGUUUUUUCAGAUGCAGUCUAUGUAGACCUGCCGGGCAGUCACGUGUGGUCACUGAAUAUUGUGAGCUGUGGUGUGCUUCUUGUUGGUUUAUUGUAGGUCUGUCAAAGAAAGUGGCAUUUGUUUUUUUGUAAUUGUUGCCAACUUUUAAGGUUAAUUUUCAUUAUUUUUGAGCCAAACUAAAACGUGCACCUCCUGUGCCUUUCCCAGUCUUGGAAAAUGUCAUUUCUUGGCAGAGGGUCAGAUUUCAGUGCUCUGUCAUUUCUAUCUGACUGACCUUUCUCAUGGUCUGCAUGCACCUGGCUUGGAAGUCCUUGUAAAAUAUGUCAGACAAUACAUGCGCUGAUAGGACCUCUUUCAAGAUCAGGAAAGCAUCUUGUCUCUUUCCUUACUUUUCUGCCUGUAUUCUCUGGUAUUUUCCACACCGCCUGCAUCACAAGAACAGCGGGAGAAAUCUGACCCCAGUGCUAUUUUUCUAGGUGCUAUUACAGCAAACUCUGUGGUUUGUUUUUGUUUCUGUGACGUUUGGCCAUCUUGUUGCCUGUGAGUACUGAUUAGGAGAGUCUGUGGUAGGAGCACACACACAGCUAAGUGUUUUUAUUGAAAACUGUGGACUUAGCAUAAAAGGGAGAAUAUAUUUAUUUUUUACAAAAGGGAUAAAAAUGGAGCCCUUUCCUCGCCCACCAAAUUUAGCAAGAAAAGGUUCUGAAAGGUCACAGUGGCUUUGCCAUUGCAAAUUAGAAAAGCAUAGACAUCUUAAUUUUUAAACACGCACUGAUCAGGAUGGCUUACGAACUCCAGGUCCCUGAGUCGUGGUAAGGUGUGUAGAUUCCACCUUCCAGUGCCCACUGUGCUUUACUCGGUAGAGUCAUGUUUAAGCACCAGUUGUUUUCUUUCGCUGGUUUACUGUGCUGUUAUAGAGAAUGUAAGUUGUACAGUGAAAUAAGUUAUUGAAGCAUGUGUAAACACUGUUAUAUAUCUUUUCUCCUAGUUGGGGAAUUUUGAAUAAAAUACCUUUGAAAUUCUAUCUGUUUUAGUUCCUC